GACCCCGCGCCGCCUUUCUUGUUGUAGAGACAGAACCUACGAGACGUCCUGCCUUGACAAUCCCCACAAAUCGUCGUGUAUUUUUUCGGCGACGCGGAGGUGGGGUCGGCUAAGGACAGGUGGAACGCCCCUGUCCCACCCAAGGGAACUGCACAGAACGUGCGGCUUCUGACAACCAUACAUUUUACCUGCCGCAGUGACAGCGUUCACUGUUUCGUGAGCUGAAUGUGACUACAGCAGCAAUGGUGGAGCGACAGUCGGCUAAGAAGCCUUACGACACGCAGUCGUCCUGGUCCUCCCCGCACAGCACCGUCAGCGGCCGGGACGACAGGCGCUUCGGCUACCAGAAACUCACCAGCUACGAGAUCGAUCAGACCGUCGAGCGGCUGCACAGCGGACGGCUGAAGUACCACUCUAUCGCCGAGCAGAGGAACCAGCCGCGCCCGAGGGACAAUUCGGACCCGGAGCUGGUGAACCAGAUCACCGAGAGGCUGACCCGAGACGCCUCCGCCAAGGCGACGGACCAGAGAAGGGUCCACGACGAACCCAUGCGGAACAUGGGCACGGUCAACUCGUACGCCUGGAAGGGGUGGAACUGACAACAAAGAUACUCUCCAAGCAGAUGUUUGGUUUAUUUUGGACAUUUUAAGGCGUUUUGGGCUUUAUAUUUUGAGACCAUACCCCCCAAAAACUAACAAAUAUAGCAAGCCCAAAGCCCAACAAAACGCCUUAAAAUUCCAAAACAAGUUUAACCUCUGCUUGUGGAGUAUAUAAUCAGAUAUACAAAUUGAAAGCAAUAUGGAGAAGAGGGCAAAUGACAAAUAUCACAACAUCAUCACAUUUAUCAUCAAAUGGUAACUGAAGUGUCCUUUUUGGGAAAGACUUUGAUUAAAGAUAUGAUGGAAAGGACUAUAGAAAGAUUCAGAAAUACUUGAAAAUAAGUCCUCGCCUUUAAUCAAUAAGAUGGGGGUACUUGGCAGAUUGCAAGCACACAAGUUGUAACGUUAUAGAAGGAAGUAAGUAUUCUUCUUUCUCUGCGCGACAUGUAUCUAGUUCUGGUGCCUUUUAUAGUGAGAUGAUUUAACGUGCCAUGACAGAACAUAGUGUUUUAUCAUACUUGUACGGCUGUGCCACGUGCCCCACACGUGAAUACAUAUUAUAUACUUUUGCACAAACACACGACAGCUUAUUUUGAACCAAUACUACGAAAGUAAGGUGCAGCGACCAAUCCGGGACGCUUGAUAUUUGGAAUAAGAUGCAAGAUGUAAAAUAAUAAUAAAUAAUAUUAUAAAGAUUUAUAAGAGAACAAAACACACAAAGCGUUUAAAUAUGUAAUUCAUUGAGCGGUCUUUCAAAUCUUUGGUCGCUCCGGUCACAGCCUAUAGUGGAAAGUUGGUGUUCAUUAUAGUGUACAAAUACUAGAUAUAGAAUAGUAUGCGUGACUCACUGUACGAUAUAUUUACAUGUUUACACAUGCAUACCACGAAUAUGCAACAAACAUGCAGAGUUUAUUUUACAGCAAUAAAGUGUCAUCUUAC